AUCUAAACAAUAAUUUUCAAGAUUCAAACAAUACUCACACGAUAUUAUUGGUUUCAUAUGACAAUCAAAAGCAAUUAUCUAUGCGUAAAUAAACAUGAAUACCACAUAACUUCAUUGUCUUCAGUCUUAAUGUUUUAUUUUUUAACACACUCUAAUUUCUGCUCAGAAAAUUAAUCUUGGAAAAGCUCUCUUAUUUUCCAAACCAGUAACGGAAAUAGGGUGACAUGAUCCACUUCCCUUACCAAUUGAAACCCUUGACGCUUGUGGUGGAGAUCUAAAGAAGUUUUUUUGGUGAUGAUAGAAAUACUCUACACCUAGAAAACCUGAAAUCGUGUAUGAUAACAGUAUUAUUUUGAUAUCAUGGCAAAUAGUGAAAACACUGGAUUGUCAAAAGUUACAGUUGCUGGAACUGUUUUUGGCACUGGAUAUUUGAGCUACGGGCGUAUAGACAAGCGUACCUUUCUAAGUGCCCUCCUAGGUGCCGGAUUAGGAUUCGCACUAGGUGUUUUUUCACAUGGUCUGUUGAAUGGCUUAUUGCUGUUCUUGAGACGUGAUAAACAGAGUGAACAGUUACGUCAUGUGACUGAACAAUUAGCUAGUGUUAGAGCGGAAUUAUUGGAAUUGCGUAAUGAAUUAUAUAAUACUAACACAAAGCGUUUGGACAGCAAAGAUAAUGAUGGUGUCCUACCAAUUUUUGCAUCCGAUGAUGACGAUGACCUAGAUGAUUACGAAAACUUUUUCGAUGUGGAAAAUGUCGGUGAUGACCCGAACUUAUCAGUCCAGUCUGGAAGAUUUCCAAGGGAAGUUUUAUCGUCAACAAACUCAUUUCAAAGUAUCGGCAGUCAAUUAAGUGAUGGCUCUUACUGCUCAAUGACAAUCCAAGUUCCAGCCAAUGUGCUGGAGGAAAUCGACAAGCUAACUGAUUAUGCUUUAGGUGAGUAUCCAUCAGGUGAAUUACAAACGCAUCCUAGUGAAAAUGAUAUUGAUCCAGGCAUACAAGCUUAUGCUAGAUGUUUAGUAUACAUGCAAAAGUAUCGUUAUUGCCCUGAAUUCUUGUGGCGUUUAGCCCGUGCUACUUACAUAGCCAGUGAAGGAGCACCAUCAGAUGAAGAUGUGCAACAAGGUGGAAACGGAUCAUACGGCCACCACUCUUUAAAUGACAUCGCUUAUAAAGUGAAAACACGUCGCCAGUUUAUUGAGUCUGGGAUAAAAUAUGCACGUCGAGCGCUAAGUCUUGUACAAAAAGUUCAUCCAUCACAUUUGGACAACGAUCCAACAAAACUAGCUCCAAUAUAUAAAUGGUUAGCUAUUUUACUUGGUGUCUACUCAUCUUACCUAAGUGCUCAACAAAGAAUACAGUAUGGUUAUGAAUUUAAGGAAUUAAUUGAUACCGCUAUCAAACUUGACCCUUCUGAUGCCCUAUCCCAUUAUCUACAAGGUCGAUGGUGUUAUGAGGUGUAUAACAUUUCAUGGAUUGAACGCCAAAUUGCAUCAAGGUUAUUUGGCAAGCCCCCGACAUCUACCAUUGAAGAAGCCGAGAUAGCAUUUGAAAAAGCUGAGAAGCUGCGCCCGGAUCACUACGCUGCACUUUAUUUGUAUCAAGCGAAAUGUUCCAUAUGUUAUUCCGAUUACAAAACCGUACAGCGUAAAUUAGACAAAGCUCGAUGUUUAUUAGCUCAACCUAGAUAUCCUAUGCCUCAUACGGAUACUGGUUCUGUACAACAAGAGGUAGAUCAACUGUACGCUAAAUACUCUGGAUACUCGUGA